AUGUCAGACGAUUGGGACACCGUUACCAAGAUCGGAAGCAAGACCGGCGGAGGCUCCUCUCAGCGUGAAACCGUUGUGCGAGGAAAGGGAGCAAUCAACCAAGCUCAGCGUAGCGGAGCUGUCAUCGGCACCGAAAAGAAAUUUGCCACAGGCAACCCCGCCAACAAAUCCGGCUCCGAAGGCCAGCGUCUGACCAAAGUCGACCGCGCCGACGAUAUCAUCGCCCCGAACAAAGUGCCCGCGGAAAUCGGCCAGAACAUUCGCAACCGCCGCUCGAAAGAGGGACCCUACAAGAUGACGCAGGCGCAGCUGGCUCAGAAGGUGAACGCGCCGGCGAAGGAUAUCCAGACGCUUGAGUCGGGAGAUGCGAUUAAGAACCAGGCGCUGCUUAAUAAGGUGGCGAGGGUGCUGAAGAUUAGUCCGAAGACGGGAUUGCCGUUGGAUGAUAAAUGA